AUCGGUUUAUCCCAUUAGAAGGGCCUGGACUGCCCGAACCCAAAGUGUGAAUUGGCAGAAGCUUCGAGAAUCCCCGUCGGCUCCCAGAAGUCUCUGGGACCUUUCCCCUAAACCCGAACGCCACAACAUAUCUCCUCUGCCUCGAAGCUCUCGGGUGUGCCCUGCUGUCGUGCUGCUUCCAAUUCUAAACUCCCAACUCGUCACUCUCUCUUUCACUGCCCCUUUCCAUGGCCGACGAAGCCAAGGCCAAAGGUAAUGCCGCCUUCUCAUCCGGUGAUUUCGACGCCGCUAUCCGUCACUUCUCCGACGCCAUCUCUCUCUCCCCCAAUAACCAUGUCCUCUACUCCAAUCGAUCGGCCGCUUAUGCCUCCCUUCACAAAUACUCCGAAGCCUUAAUCGAUGCCAAGAAGACCGUCGAGCUCAAGCCUGACUGGUCCAAGGGCUACAGCCGUCUCGGCGCCGCUCAUCUCGGACUUGGCCAGCACGACGACGCUGUCGCUGCUUACAAGAAGGGCCUUGAGAUCGACCCCAAUAAUGAACCGCUCAAAUCCGGUCUGGCUGAUGCGCGGGCCGCGGCCUCCAGGCCCCGUUCGGCGCCGCCCAUGGGCAAUCCUUUCGGGGACGCUUUCUCCGGACCCGAGAUGUGGGCGAGGCUCACUGCUGAUCCCACAACUAGAGCAUAUCUGCAGCAACCUGAUUUCGUGAAGAUGAUGCAGGAUAUUCAGAAAAAUCCCAACAAUCUCAACUUGUACAUGAAAGAUCAAAGAAUCAUGCAAGCCCUUGGGGUUUUGCUCAACCUCAAGAUUCGCACCCCGAGCGAGGACACUGACAUGCCCGAGUCUUCCUCUCCGCCCCAGCCAGCAGAGAGGAAGAGAGCUGCUGAAGCUGAACCGGCGAAGGAAGAGAAGCAGCCGGAGCCCGAGCCCAUGGAAUUGACGGAGGAGGAGAAGGAUGCAAAGGUCAGAAAAGGUCAGGCUCAGAAGGAAAAGGAGGCGGGCAAUGCGGCUUACAAAAAGAAGGAUUUUGAUACGGCAAUCCAGCAUUACUCUAAGGCUAUGGAAUUGGAUGAUGAGGAUAUAUCAUUUCUCACAAACCGUGCUGCUGUUUACUUGGAAAUGGGGAAGUUAGAAGAAUGCAUAAAAGAUUGUGACAAGGCUGUAGAAAGGGGAAGAGAGUUGAGAUCAGACUUUAAGAUGAUAGCAAGAGCUUUGACAAGGAAGGGAGCUGCCCUGGUGAAAAUGGCAAAAUGCUCAAAGGAUUAUGAAUCUGCCAUCGAGACUUUCCAAAAGGCACUUACAGAGCAUCGCAACCCUGACACGUUGAAGAAAUUGAAUGACGCUGAAAAAGCUAAGAAAGAACUUGAACAGCAAGAAUACUUUGAUCCAAAAUUGGCUGAUGAGGAGCGUGAAAAAGGUAAUGAUUUCUUUAAGCAGCAAAUGUAUCCCGAAGCUGUGAGGCAUUACACCGAGUCUUUAAGAAGGAAUCCUAAGGAUCCUAGGACAUACAGUAACAGAGCUGCAAGCUACACAAAACUUGGGGCAAUGCGAGGUUUGAAGGAUGCAGAGAAAUGCAUUGAGCUGGAUCCAACUUUUGUAAAGGGUUAUACUAGAAAAGGUGCCAUACAGUUUUUCAUGAAAGAAUAUGACAAAGCUUUGGAAACGUAUCAGGAGGGGUUGAAACAUGAUUCAAACAACCAGGAGUUGCUUGAUGGCAUAAGGAGAUGUGUAGAACAAAUUAAUAAGGCCAGCCGUGGAGACAUAAGUCCUGAGGAGUUGAAGGAGAGACAGGCCAAGGCAAUGCAGGACCCGGAGAUACAGAACAUCCUCCAGGAUCCUAUUAUGAGACAGGUAUUGGUUGAUUUUCAGGAAAAUCCCAAGGCUGCCCAGGAGCAUACAAAGAAUCCAAUGGUGAUGAACAAAAUCCAGAAGUUGGUCAGUGCUGGAAUUGUCCAGAUUAGAUAAAUUGGAUGGGAUGUGCAUGGGGUGCAGUGCAUGGCUGAUUUCAAAUGUAGAUUGGAUCGGAAAAUGGAGAAACAAUUUACGGUUGGGAAUUUCUUAAUCAUUUAUGCUCUCACGUUGUUUUCGUUGGCUUUUUUAAAUUAUGAAUUUGGGUCCCUCAAGCUCAAAUCCCAUUAGUUUUCGCCUCAUGGUGGGUGGCUCAAGACUUAUUUCUUUUAUGCAUAAUAUGGUUCUUCAUGCCUUCAAGUUCAAAGCAACAUCUAAAUUGUGGUGCUGAGAUGCUAGGGUUUUAUUUGGAAUGUUAGAAUGCGGAAAUAUAAGAUCAAAGGAAUUACAUUUUGCUGGGCUAUGUUUUAUUGCAACUCAUAGCAGCAUCAAGUAGAGACGUAGAUCACCACAAAACCCAAUUGUAUUAACCUCGUGUAUUCAGGCUGCUUUUAACAUGGAUUAUGACUUAUCUCUAUAACAUCCAUUGUUUGCUGAGUUGCAUCUUCGCAAUGAGAUUUUUCAUGGAUUAUUAUUGGAAUAUUAUUUCCUCCAA